UUGCAUCAUCAAGAUUAAAAACUUUUUUGAUGCAGAAGAUUAUUACAUUGUUUUGGAAUUGAUGGAAGGAGGAGAGCUCUUUGACAGGGUGGUGGGGAAUAAAUGGCUGAAAGAAGCUACCUGCAAACUCUAUUUUUACCAGAUGCUCUUGGCUGUACAGUACCUUCACGAAAAUGGCAUUAUACAUCGGGAUUUAAAGCCAGAGAAUGUUCUACUGUCAUCUCAAGAAGAGGACUGUCUUAUAAAGAUUACUGAUUUUGGGCAGUCCAAGAUUUUGGGGGAGACCUCUCUCAUGAGAACUUUAUGUGGUACCCCCACUUACUUGGCUCCCGAGGUUCUUCUUUCCAUUGGAACUGCCGGGUAUAACCGUGCUGUGGACUGCUGGAGUUUAGGAGUUAUUCUUUUUAUCUGCCUUAGUGGGUAUCCACCUUUCUCUGAGCAUAAGACUCAAGUGUCACUGAAGGAUCAGAUCACCAGUGGAAAAUACAACUUCAUUCCCGAAGUCUGGGCAGAUGUUUCAGAGAAGGCUCUGGAUCUCGUCAAGAAGUUGUUGGUCGUGGAUCCAAAGGCGCGGUUUACGACAGAAGAAGCCUUAAGUCACCCAUGGCUUCAGGAUGAGGACAUGAAGAGAAAGUUUCAGGAGCUACUGGCCGAGGAAAAUAAAUCAAUCGCUCUAUCCCAGAUCCCAACCCAGCCUUCCACUAGUCAAAAGCGGCCCCUGGAAGGGGAAGCCGAAGACACAGAGUCCUCGAAGCGCCGGGCUGUGUGUGCGGCUAUGCUGUGAACACUGGAGUGAACCUGAAGAAAUGUACUUCUUUCACUCUGCUGUCAUCUUCCUUUUCUUUAAAUCUUUUUUUUUAAUCAUUUGUAUUUUGAUUAUGGGAAUAAUUGCUUUUCCACAAUCACUGUUAAUCCAAUUAAAAACCUGAUGGAAUGUGGGCUUUGUACUUAUGCUUCAACCAACUUUUUGGUUGAAUGCCUUUUAUUUAAAAAAAAAAUUUUUUUUUUCUU